AUGGAUCGCGUGAAGAAUCCGGCGGACCUAUGCGGCCGCAUCGGAUCCACCCCGGACAAGGGUGUCCCCGAUAUGACCUGCAUCUCGGACAUCGAUGAAAACGGCAUCAACCGCAAUCUGAAAGUGCGCUACGAGCGCGACCAGAUAUACACCUACACCGGAUCGAUCCUGAUUGCCGUCAACCCGUACAAAGAGAUCGAAUGCUACACUCAGGAAUAUGUCGCCAAAUACCACGGGCAAAAGCUGGGACUCCUGGAGCCGCACGUCUUCGCUAUGGCCGAAGCAGCCUAUCGCAACAUUCGCGACAACAACACCAACCAAUCAUGUGUCAUAUCCGGCGAGUCGGGGGCCGGGAAAACGGAAACAACCAAAUUCAUCUUGCAGUACCUGUGCUCGGUGACGUGCGACGUGUCGACCUGGGUUCAGCAGCAGAUCCUAGAGGCCAACACUAUCCUGGAGGCGUUCGGCAAUGCGAAAACCAUUCGCAACGACAACAGCUCUAGAUUUGGGAAGUUCAUGCAAGUGUGUUUCGAUUCCAAGUGGUGCAUCAAAGGGUGCAUCAUCCAGGACUAUCUGCUGGAGCAGUCACGCAUCACCUUCCAGAGCCCUGGCGAGCGCAACUAUCAUGUCCUGUAUCAGCUGGUGGCGGAGGGGCGCACCAACAAUGAGCUGGCCACCGUGCUACAUCUGCGCGAUGCUUCCUUCUAUCGGUACCUGAAUUCGGGCGGCACGGAAGCCGGCGAACAGUCGGCCAUGGAGGUAGCGGCCGAAUCGAAGCGUUUUGAGGCCCUCCGAUUGGCGUUCAACGUGCUGCAAAUAUCACAGCCGCUGAUAGACGGCAUCUUUCGCGUGCUAAGUGCCAUAAUUUGGUUGGGAAACCUCAACUUUGCCGACGUCGACGGAGAGCGGUGCGAGCUGGCGCCCGAAGAUGGCGAAAUUGUGACGAUCGUGGCCCAGCUGCUCGGCCUUCAGGAGGCGGAUCUGGUGCAAGUGCUGCUGAAGCGGCAGAUCAAUGUGCGCGGCAACAUUACGGAGAUCCCGCUGAAGCUGCAGGAAGCGGGAGAAAACCGGCACGCCAUGGCCAAGGCUCUCUAUUCGCGGACCUUCGCCUGGUUGAUCAGUCACAUCAACACCUGCAUCAACCCGGGGCAGGAUGCGUCCCGCUUUCUCGGGGUGCUGGAUAUUUUCGGCUUCGAAAACUUCAAUACCAACUCGUUUGAGCAGCUAUGCAUCAACUACACGAACGAAAAGCUACACAAGUUCUUCAACCAUUACGUGUUUGCGCUGGAACAGGAAAUUUACCGUCAAGAGGAAAUCAAGUUUUCCCACAUUCAAUUUACCGACAACACACAGUGCUUGGAGUUAAUCGAGAAACCGCCCCGCUGUAUUCUCAAACUGCUCACGGAACAGUGCCAUAUGCCCAAAGGAUCCGACACAGCAUAUCUGACCAACCUGCACAGUGAGUUCGAGCCUCACUCGAGCUACGUGAAAGGGCAAGAUCGACGUCACUGGGAGUCGGAGUUUGGUAUUCGCCAUUAUGCCGGUUGCGUUAGCUACACCGUGAAGGGGUUCGUCGACAAGAACCGCGAUGUGCAGCAGGACGUGCUGUUUGAUCACAUGAGCCGCAGUGCCAACACGUUCGUGCAGGAAAUUGCAUCCUUUCAGGAUCUGCUCUCCAUUCAACACGUACAGUCAGCCGCUUCCUCCGCCACCAGCACGGUUUCGCGCGGAACGUCAAAGGGAAAGCUGACCGUUAGCGAUACCUUCCGGCAGCAGCUACAGGCCCUCGUAGACGUGCUGCAAAGUACCAACCCGUGGUACGUGCGCUGCAUUAAGCCGAACUGUGACAAGCUGCCGAACGACUACGAUGAUCAGCUGGUUCUCGAUCAACUACGCUAUCUCGGCAUGCUAGACAUCAUCCGUAUCCGGCGCGAAGGUUUUCCGGUCCACCUGACGUUCGACGACUUUGUGCAGAAAUAUCAAUGCCUCACGAAACGGUUCCGCAACAUGUCCAGUCCGGAUCAGGCCCUGGCAGUGAUACGUGAGCUGAACGUACCGACGACCGAGUGGCAGAUGGGGCGUUCGAAGGUUUUUCUACGCAGUGUCGUUCACGAACCGCUGGAGGACGCCCGAAAGCAGGUGAUCAACUCGAAGGCCCUCGUCAUACAGCGGAACUGGAAACGGUACAGCCAGCAGCAGCAGUACCGACGAUAUCGCUCGGCAGCGCUGAAAAUACAACAUGCCUACAAGGGCUGGAAGCUACGCAUCGAGUUCCUCAAGAAGCGUCGCGCUGCCAUCGUCAUCCAGAGCCACCUGAGAGGAGUAUUCGCACGGGAAGUGGCCACCGCACUGCGCGAAAUGCGUCGCGUUGAUGAGGAGAUGCGUAAACGUGAGCGAUUGGAAGCGGAACGGAAGGAACGAGAAGCGGCCCAAGCGGAAGCCGACCGAAAGGCGCUGGAGGAAAGCGAAAGGGUCGCUAAGGAAGAAAUACUCGCUUUGUCGCAAAUGGCCGAGCAGAUAAACUCGAAACUGCACUCACAACAGCAUGUUAACAAUAAUAACAGCCGCCUUUCGCAAGCAGCCUGCAAACAGCAAAACGGCGGUGCCGGGAACGCCACUACCGGCAGUGACAAGGGUGGCCAGUUGAUAGGCAGUAUCGGCGCCAAUGGCGCGAAAGCGGGCAGCCUGCAAAGCAACGAUUCAGUUGAUCUGGACAAUUUGUUUGCCUUUCUCAGCGAGGUACAGCCUAACGCGAACUCGAAUGCCAUCAUUGACGAAAUCGGUGAAAAGAUGGACACGCUGGUAGAAGAUCUGGACGUCGAGCUGGAGUCGGUUAUACAGCAAGAAAUCGAAGGUUUGACAUGCGAAAGAAACAACAAUGUAGCGGCCACUACCGCUACCUCGAAAGCGCAGCUGGUGAACGGUAGCAUCCCGGCCCACAGUACCACCGGCAACACUAAUAACAAUAACAACUAUACCAACAAACCAACGACACCCAAACCUAUGGGAGGUACUCCAUCGUUGCCGGAACCGACAAUGCCGCCGCCACCGCCACCGGUCGAGAACAAUAACCACACGCGACCAACUCCGCCGCAGCACCACCAUCCGGCAACGCUUCAUCACAUUCGACGCCAUGAAGAGCCUAUCUACGAAGCAGUCAUCCAUCUCAAAGAGCUUCCACCGCCGCCACUGGAAGCCAAUGAAAAAGUGCCACCGAUUCCGCAACAUCAAACUCCCCAACAACCACCACUGAUGGGAGCGGCGCUGCCACCACAGAGUCAUCCAAUUCUUCCGCCACCUCCUCCGGUGCAUGCACAUCAACCGGCGCCACCACCCCAUGCACACCAACCGCAAGCGCAUGCACAUCACGGUCAAGCGGAGGCUCCACAACCACCGCCACACGCUCACGCUGUUCCGAACCACGCAUAUGUUCACCUGGAGAACGGUACAGCAGGACAUAAGCUACGUCCCAAGAGCCCGGCGGUAAUCCGGUCCGCCAGUCCCAUCCAGCGCGUUGGUUCCGGUGGUCCGAUGAGCCCGUCGUCGCCCAAGCAAAGCCGCCCGAGCUCGCGCGCUUCCUCGACCGGCGCUGGUCAUCCGUACGCGGAACGUGAACAGCGGCGCAAGUAUCGGGUGGAAAAGAAGCUGCAAGAGAUGCAACAGCUCGAUAUAAGCGAGCGCGAAAAGGAGUUACUGCGCGACGAUGUGUACUACGACAUCCUCGAGUUCGCCGAAAGCUACUACAACACGCACGAGCGAUCACCGGAGGGCACCAUCAUGGCGACCCUUACCCGGAAGGGCCGAAAAUCGGUCGAUAUGGUGCCGAAGUACGAGAUGAUCACGUACUACCGUGGCACCACAAUCCCGUCGUCGCACAUACACAUGUACGAUCCGGAGAAUGUGACUAUCGCGUGCAACGUGUUCCGCGAUCUGUGCAAAUACAUUCGCGGCGAGCUGAACAACGAACGGGAAUUGCAGGUCAUUCAGUUUAUCAUCGGGCAAGGCAUCGAACGGGAGGAGUUGCGGGACGAAAUCUUCGUGCAAUGCAUGCGGCAGGCCACGAACAAUCCGAGCGUGGACUGGACCGACCGGGUGUGGUUGUUGCUCUGCCUUACAAUCGUCGCAUUUCAGCCGAGCAAACUGUUGUUCCGGUAUUUCGUUAGUUUCCUGAAGAAAAAUCUGGAAUCUCUCGAAGGGAAGCUGCGCCAGUACGUGCAAUGGUGUUUAGAUAAUUGUAAAAACACAAAAGUCCGAUGCCGUCAGUAUCCGCCGUCGAGUGUGGAGGUUGCGGCAAUGCGGCGGCUUGGAACGAUCGUUUGUCGAUUUUUCUUCCUCGAUGGUCGUACGAAGGCCAUUGAUGUACACCCAACGGACACGGCCAGCGAUGCGGUCGCGAAGCUAGCGGAAAAGCUUGGGUUGUGCAAUAUUGAAGGAUGGGCCAUUUACCAAUCUCGCCCGGAUGGUGAAGAGCACGUAAAGUCGCACGAUUAUUUGUAUGACAUUAUUGCAGCCUGGGAAACAAAGCAAACAAAGAUUCAUGCUUCCAGCUCGACGUUGCGCAAAAACGCCACCACCCUGGGCUCGGGAGAGAACCGUUUUGUGUUCAAGAAGCGUCUGUUUAAGAGCACACGCGAACUAUCGCAGGAUCCGGUGGAGGUUAACAUGUUGUACGCUCAAGCCGUAUAUAGUGUGGUAAAGUGUGAUGAUUUCCCCGUAUCAGAGAAAGUGGCGUUACAACUGGCCGGCUUGCAGGCCCAGGUCGCUCUCGGCGAUCCCUCUAACCAACCGAAGCCGGAGUAUUACUCCGACGUGCCGAGCUAUCUACCGGAGCGCAUUUCGAAAACCCGCGAAGAACAGUUCUGGGUGCCGAUACUGGCCCAAGCUCAUCGACAGUACGGUUCAGGACGGACGGAGCUGACGGCGAAGGUACUCUACCUAUCGUGCGUCAUGCAGUACCCCUUGUACGGUACAACGAUGUUCGCCGUGUCCUACCGUGGCUAUUGGAGCUAUGGUAACAGUUUAAUACUCGGCGUGAACUGCGAGGGUAUCAUACUCAUCAAGCCGGACGACAAGUUCGUCCUGUAUGAGUUCCGUUACGCAGAGGUAGAGUCGAUCAUGCUCGAUCCAAGCGACAGCUUCAUCACGCUCAGUCUCAACCGACACGGCGGUACCACUACCGACCAGCAGCGGUGCUUCGUGUUUGAGACUUUACAGAAGAACGAAAUCGGUUCACUAAUCGUGUCGUACUACCCGGCACUCUCGAAUUGGAUCACCGAGAAUGAGGUGCCUCCCAAGAAGAGCAAAGGCAUCACAAACGAGGAUCGGGUGCGGUUGCACCACAACCUGGUUGUGUGUCGUCGCCAUCUGGUGGAUGCUGAACUCCUGCGCAAACCGCAGGACCCGAGCGGAGGCUUCCUGCGCAACACCCUGCGCCGCCUGUCUAAGCAUCGUUUGGAGAAGCUGCGUGCCGAGCACGGCAGCUCUGUGCACGAUCACGGUGAAACGUACAAGGGUUUUCCACACGCCUACUGGGCCUUUAGUCGUCAAGCGUUACCCCAGAGUCUCAGCAAGCUGCCGGACCAGGAGGAGCAAGCCAUGCUGCAGGUAUUCAAUUCGAUCCUGACAUACGCAGGCCUCGGACAAAACGGAGAGACAGUUCAGCGUGCAGAAGACGAACACAUUACGCUCAUACAAUCGAUCAUGGAUCGGUGCAUGCGCAAGGAAUCGCUGCUCAAUGAACUGUAUCUACAACUGAUCAAGCAAACGACCGACCAUCCCGAUCCCAACUCACGCGUUAACCUGCGCCAUUGGGCUCUGCUUUCGCUAGCAUGUAGCGUCAUUUUACCACCGCAGAAAGUGGUCCGCAAGUAUCUGCUUGGCCAUCUGAAACGUUGCGCUAGUGAUUUCAUCACCGAGGAGGGCAAGUAUGCACGCUUUGCGGAGAAAUGUUUCUUCAAAACGCAGGGUACCCGGCGACGCCAGUGGCCACCAAGCCGGGAGGAGAUCAUCUGCACCAUCAAUCGCCGUCCGAUCUACGCGCGGUUCCAUUUCAUGGACGGCCAGUACCACUCGGUGGAGUUCCACCCAAGCUCGACCUCUCGAGAGGUGAUGGAAAUCGUGAAGAAGAAGAUUGGUCUUCAGGAAAAUGCAUUGGGGUAUGCCAUAUACGAAGUGCUGGGAGCCUCCGAGCGCAGCUUGCUGCCGGACGAAAAGGUUGCUGACGUUAUGUCGAAGUGGGAAAAGUAUCGCACUGCUGCCGCACAGGCCGUGCAACAGAAUCAGAGCUCCAACUUACCACCCGCCUGUCGCCGGCAGCAUCAUCUGUUUCUCUUCAAGAAACAUCUGUUCUGCGAUCAGUACAUGAACCUAGACGACCCCGUCGAGAAGGAAUUGCUCUAUCACCAGGUGCUACACGGUUUGCGUACCGAACGUUUUCCAAUCACCGAAAUGGAGGCUAUUAUGUUAACUGCUCUACAAGGACAACUUGAACUGGGCGAUAGCUCCGAUGUGGUGCAAGACUACCGACCGAUAGCAGCGCACUGUUUACCACCCCGUUUCGUGCCCAACAUCCCGCGCGACAGUGUUGCGAUGCAUCAUCAAAGCCUGCGCGGCACAACGCCGGCUGAAGCGAAAAAAUCUUUCCUGAACCUCAUCCAAAGCUGGCCGCUGCACAAAGCCACCAUUUUUGAUGUGAUGCAAUCGUUCACCUCUAACUGGCCGCGAAUGCUAUGGCUAGCGGUUGACCAGAAAGGACUGCAUCUGCUCGAGCAUCGUUCCCGUAACACACUCUGCACAUACGAUUACCAAUCAAUACUGUCGUUUUCUCCCAACAUGAACUGUCUUAUGAUUAUCACUGGCUCUGAUAAGAAACAAUCAAAGGUCAUACUCACCACUGCCCAGGCGUUCCAAAUUGCCAACCUUAUCCGAGAAUACAUGGAAGUGCUGAGAAGGCAGCAGUCGCACUCGGAUGAUGCCCAGAAGGAAAAUCAACCGGCUGGAGCCUGUCAAUCGGCAGCGACAAGACAGGAGCAACCUCCACAGGUUCCGCCACACAAUCAACCGCUUCCGCCACCUCAUCAACAGAUUCCCUUGGCGCAACAGCCUGGUGCCAAUAAAGGUGGUCAACGUCCACCAUCGAUGCUUCUACGGCAGUCGAGCGCUGCUCUCGUAGCGCCUCAACCAAGCUAGAAUCAAACUCCAAAAAAGUAAAGACCCCCCCUGAUUAUGUUGUUCCAGAUGGCUCAACCAAAUAUCAAAACAACUGUAAUUUAAAUCAAAACUAACCGGAGCCAAAAUUUUGGCGGGAAGAAACACUUUAGACAUCAAAUCCAUGUGUGUGGCGUCGGCAGCACACACGGUGCUAAAAUAAGGUAUUGUGUAGAAAUGGUACUAAUGAGGCGUUUUUGAGCAAGAGGAACGUUUAAGCCCGCUCCUUUCCCACAGACUCUUUUAACCAUUUUCACGCCAAAAACCACGAUUGAUCUCAAAAUGAUAAGCAUCAGAAACAGGCAAUACUAGAACAACUAUCCGCCUAAGCUAGCCUGAGUUGGCUGCCGAUUGGUUUCGCUUAGUCUACAUCAUUACAUAGCACUACCGUCUAACAAGUGAAAAGAAAAGACGAAGAUUCAUGGCCUCGAAUAGAAUGGAGCACCCAGCCUCUACCAAUCAUCCUACCAACAAUAUCUUACCAACAAUUAAAGUAGAACAAUUGAGAAUGAACCAAAAAAAAAACAUACAAAACAGGAUCGUUGCUUAUUGUUAUUACAAAGAAGUUAUCUAUUAGCAGCCUAUUGAUUUCAAGGUUGGUAGACAAAUUUAUGCGCAUGCGUGCAUUGUUCGACCUACCCUCAUUGAUAAAGCAUUCUCCAAUCGUUCAUGAGAUGGUUUAUGAAAAUAUUGAUUUUAGAGAGUAUGGACAAUGGUGUAGAACCAAUGCACAGUUGCUUAAUAGUUUUGGACACUGCCCUCUGCCAAGCCUAAGUCUCCAGUUGGUAUGUUGACAACUGUAGCGCUUUCGAUUGGACUUAUACUAUACAUCUUUUCUAACUAUCAUUCAUAAGUUUUGUGAUUUAGAAUUAUACCUCUUCCUUCUUUUUCACUACUUUUUGAUGGGUAUCAGUUUGCGACAUAAUGCCGAUCACUCGGUACGAUGCGAAACCGUACCAGCAAAAACAAAGGGACUCAGGCCAUUAUUUACAAUUAUGUUCUUUUUGUGUAACUUUACUCUAUCGAACGCUUUUUUACUUAUUUACAGGUGUGUCCAUUCAAUCAAGCUAGGUACAUUAUUGUAAUUUUAGAAUAUGGCCAAAUGAAUAACUAGUUAUUUCCGUAAAGAGGAGAUCUACAACAAAAUAGUUGCUCUGCUUUGAAGUUGUGCGAUGUUCUCGAAAUUUAUUUUAAUAUUCAACCCAAUUGCAGGUCAUGCAAUGCGUACCUUUUUUACAACAAUUUAACAGUUUUAAGCUUUCUACUUUAGCCUUUUUACUUUUAGUCUGAUCAUAACAAAGUUCGGAAUUCUUUCUAUACAAUAGGUGGUUGGUUUCGACUCGAAGUGUUUUCAAAACUAUCGUAAACGUGGGGAAUUUAGUGAAACACAGCAAAACGGAGCAUGAAGAAUGCAGAUAGCAUGUGCAAAAGUAGCUAAGAAAAAUUGUACAAAACAGUGAGAACGACGGAGUGAACAAGCACCUACGUAUUAAACUACAAAAUACGGGGUGCAAACGUCGGAGUAAAUGUUAUGAAAUAAUGCUAAAACGCCAGUAUGAAAUACACAGCACUAUCAACUAACUAACGCCUAUCUUUCAAAUACGACGAAAACAUGCUAGGCAGUGGACAAAUUCGGCCACACCAUAGUGAAACAAUAUACCAUACGCAGACAAACAAUAAUACCUUUGAUGCAAAAAACCUUGCAUAUUUCUUUUUUUUUGUAUUUAUAACAACCGACGAAAUAUUAUAAUUUAAGUAUUGUAAUUUUGAAAUUAACUUAAAAACAUUCGUCGUGCACUAAAAACAAAUUCUCCACGGAGUAGCUUAAAACGGACACUGACA